AUGAAUCAGAACAACAUCUCAGCAGGCGCGAAGAAGUCGAAAAAUAAGAACAAACGGAAGAAAAAUCGGGACCAAAACCAGAAUGCCGCGGAGUCCCAGGCAAACCAGGGUAUCGGUAAUAAAUCACCCAUCCCCGCAAAGACUGAAAAGUCUGCCGUUAAUAAACCGGCAGUUUUAUCCAGCAAACCUGAACAGCAACCGGCUACCUCUGCGCCCAACCAGACAAAGUCCUCGAAAAAACAAAGGAAACGCCGACGAAAGAGCGCUUCGCAGCCUCAUGAGAUUGCUUCCUCUGCUGGUCCUCUUGCAAAGAGAGUCAAGACUGCCGAAGAUUCUGAGAUUAUUCCAUACUUGAAGGAGGAGCAGCAGGACUCUGAUGACUCGGAGGAGAUCGAGGUCGAGAGCCUUGGUGACCCAACUGAUGAGUCCUCAAGUGACUUCGCCUUCAGCGAUUCUGACAGUGACGAUGACGAGGAUGAAGAUGAUGACGACGAAGAGAGAGGUGAACAGGAACCACCGAUCGAACCAAUAUCAGAGGCGAAUGCCCUUUUUCGUGCCCUUAUCGAGCCCGUCAGCACUGAUGUCUUCACAAAGGACUACUAUGGCAAAAAACCACUUCAUCUGUCGGGUGGCGGGGUUCGUGCCCAUUUCCGGUCAAUUUUCAGUCUCUCAGAGGUCGCAACCUGGCUCUACAAGGUGGGUAUUUUCUUUAUCCCUGUUGACAUUGUUGUACUGGUUUUUAAGUUGAAGAGCUUCCCGUCUCCACCGGCACUCUACUGA